CUGCUGGUCAGUUCCCUAAGGUAAGAAAUGCCUAGCGAUGAUGACUGGACCAAGAGGACAUUGGUUCCUGGGACACCUACAGCAGCACAGACCCCGAGAACCCAGACUGUAACGCUCCACCUGCCCAAAGAGAAAGUUUGAGGCAAGGUCGUCUGGGAUACUGGAGCACUCAGUGAAAAACACACCCAUUUUUCUGACUCUCCAGGACAAUAACAAUUCUUUUCUAAAAGAGGCGGAGCCAUGCAGAUUAUUUAUGGGAAAAGUGCUGUUACUGUAUCAGAUAAGCGACACAUCUUCAUGAAUAUUUAUAAUUAUGAUGGAUAAAUAGCCCAUGGCAAAGUCCCCCUUGACCUGCAGGACCAGGAGAGAUCUGCUGUGAAUCCAAGCUGAUAAGGAAUUCCGGCAUUCUGAUACCUCCAGUUCCAUCAGGGAGCUCACUCCAGCUGAUUUUGUGUCCCCCACUGCUCCCCGUGGCCUCUCUUCUCCAUGGCCCCCCUGGCUCAGACCCUGGCUCUGCUGGCAAUGGCUGUGGCCGCCGUGGCUUUCGGUGUGGUGCCCCUGGACAUGGCCCCGAACUCCUUUGAUGACCAGUACCUGAACUGCGGCCCCGCCAUGGCCGCGGCGUUGCCGGCCCUCAACAGCUCCGAGUUCCAGCAGAACGAAGCGUUUGCCCAGGUCUGGGUGAAGGCCACGGCCGAGUGGCAGAAGCAGCGCUCCAAAUCAUCCGCUCUGUCCCCGGCCCAGGCCAUCGCCGUCAUGGCCUACACCAUGAAUGAUGUGUACGAGCAGUUCAACGCGGCCGUGCGCACGGCUGGAAAAUCCAGCCAGCAAUACCGGGACAACUUCCACUUCAAAACGCUGCAUUUCCUGCUGACCCAGGCCCUGCAGAAGCUCAGAGACCCUAAGAAGUGCUGGAAUGUGUGCCGGGGGGCGAAACCUGUCCAGUCCACUUUGAAAGUUGGCGAGACAGUCCGCUUCGGUCAAUUCGCUUCAUCGUCGCUGAAGAAAUACGAGGCUCAGUGUUUUGAGAAAGGCGCAAUGUUCGAGGUGUACACGUGUCAUGGCGCAGACAUCCAUGAGUUCUCUCGCUAUCAAUACGAGCAGGAGGUGCUGAUCCCACCCUUUGAGACCUUUCAGGUCAUUGAUGUCAAGAAGGAAAGUCACACAAUGAAAAUUGUGCUUCGCUCCACCGGGAACUCCAGCAACUACAACUGCGAGUGGCUGCGAGGUGGGAGCCUCCCCAGGAACUCCCCCCACCUUGGGGGACUUCUCCUGGCCACCGUGGCCAUGGUGGUGGCCAUUGGAACCCUCUAAGCCAUGAAGCCAUGGAGGUCACUCUGUUCUUGGAGGACACUGUGGCCACCAGGAGCCCCGGAGAAAUGAGGCCACCAAGGCUACCAAGGCCACUGUGGGCACUCUGGUCACAUUGGCCACUGUGACCACUGUGACCACUGUGGCCGUUAUUGCCACUAUGGCCACUCUGGUCACUCUGGGCAUUGGAACCACCAUGGUCAGCAUGGCCAUUGUGCCCACAGUGACCCAUGAUGUCACCGUGCCCGCUGUGGCUGCCGUGGUCACUGUAACUACUGAGGCCACCAUGGCCACUGUGCUUACCAAGGUGACCGAGGUCACUGUGGCCACCAUGGUCACUGCAAUGAGGCGUCCAUGCAGGGGAAGCCCCUCCGAGAGCUGCCCAGCGAGGGAGUGGCACCAGGGCAGCAGGACCAGCCCGGGGAGGAUGGAGCAGCCAGGACAGCGCAGGACAGCACGGACAGCAGAGACUGGGCCGUGCUGGGGCCGCUUGGCCACUUCCCGACAGAUGGCUUUGGGAGUGGCAAUGUCAUGGCCACCUCCCAACGCUCCUUGGCUACCUUACCUGAUGUAUCAUUGCCGCUUGCUCGCCUCCCGUAUAAUAAAUGUAUCAAAAACUUGA